AUGUCCAAUCCGUGGAUCAAGGCUGUUGUGACUACUCUUAUUCAAGUGGUGCUGAUCUUCAAUCAACAAAGCGUUCAAGCAGAAUUUAGUGACACUUGCGACAACUCCAUCAGUUCUCUCUCAUGCAUCCAUACAUAUGAGCAGCUCUACCACAGCUUAACAAAGUCAGACAAUAGUUUUAACAUUGAAUCUGCCUUGUAUCCAGCCAAGAAACCCUCUUCUGUUCGUGUGUUUGUGAAUUUACAUGGUCCAAACAAAACAGGUUCACCCAUCUCAAGGUAUACUUGGAGCUUAUCUUGUCUAUAUGUUGCUGUUCCUGAUGUCUUCCUGGAAAUUGUGUCACUCGGAUCAAUUCUCGUCAGACAUCGGACAAAAGAAUUGAACUUAACAAUUCCACAAUUCUGUUGCAAUGUGUCGAAAACAGAGGAUGAAAGAGGGAAGACGAUAGACGAUAUGAUUGGAGAUGUUCUCGCUGCGCUUCAAGAUCUGGCCACUUCACCAGGUAUAAGGAAUCCAGAACUGAACAAUGCAGAGUGUGUUAUCGAGGGCCAUGGUACAGAUAUACAAGCUACUGGACGCAGUCUCGAAAUCAGAAUAAUGAUAUGGGGUUCUUUCUGCUUCACCUGUGCAGUUUUCAGUCCACUCCUUCAGAUGACGAUAGGAUUUGUGUUUCUUUUAAAUCUGUCAAAAAGCUCUGCAUAUAAGGCUGCGCUAUGUUUAAGUUUUUUAGCGGGAAUACUUGGUUCAUUAAUCUGGGUGAUACUUUUAUCUUCUGUAAUUUAUUUCAUGGUGAGAGACGGACCAGUUUUCUACGUGGAUAUCUUACUUAUUUUGAUUCCCUUUUUGUAUUUUAUUACUCCCCUCUCAAAAAGAGUGAGGGACAUCUGGAAUAAUUAUAAUAGCCCUGAUCCAGCUCAGAGGAGAAGUGGCUUUAUGUGGUUUAAGAACCUACUUGCCCCUGUGAGUGUUGUUUUUAUCAGUUUCUGCUUCUGUUGGAUGCUCAUCGGCAUAAUGCUUAACCCAAUUUGGGGUUUGACAGUUGCACUAGCAAUAUGUCUUGUUGUUACUUUUUUCAUUUAUGUAGUCGACAGCUACGUAGGAGUUAGGCAAUUUGAAUUUGCCGUAGGUAUGCACUCAUAUUUACAAAGAAUGUGGAUCCUUAGUUUUCUGGGUCUCACGUUUCUAAUACUUGUUGCAAUUAUUGCUGGACAAGCGUUUAAUGCAAGAGAAACCGCAGGUGAUAUAUUAAAGACCGCGCUGUUGACCGCUCUUGCUUCUCUUACCUCGUGGUUGUCAUGGAAGAAACUUGCGGGCCAAGAACCAGAGAGGAGGGGAAACCCUGUUGGGCCAGUUGGUGAACCGUACCCAGAACCAGCGGAAUUUUUUUUUAUUCAACAAUUUGUUCAAGUUGGUAGACCGAACCCAGAUCCAGAUAGGGUUCCUCUACAACCUCUUCCGCCACCAGAUCCAGUUGGUGAACCGUAUCCUCUCAGUGACCACGACUCAGACGAAGAGAACAGAGAGCAAAGCCAACCUUCAUCCAGUGAUUCAUCGAAUCAUCAAGUCCAACCAAGUAAUUCCUCAAAGACCGCACAAGUGACCAUACACACCUGUGAGUAA